UUCUGACUGUGUUGCAGUGAGUUGUGGCCCGUUUGAAUAGUGUCCUAACACAGCUUUGUUUGUGGACGUUGGGGUAAUUGCUGUGGAAAUUUGAUGAUUUGGUCAUUGUGGGUUUGAAAUUUCCUGUUGGUUAUUCGUUCUACCCUGACAUCAAGACAUGGAAAUUGAUUGUUGUCUUCCUCUUCUCUCAUAAAUUUGAUCCCGGUGAAAAUAUUGUUGAUGAGAAGGUGUGCCUCUUCUAACUUGGUGCAUUUAACGAUGAUAAAUGUGUUGUCCACAUAUCGGAUCCACGAAAUGUCAGCUUUCCUGUUCCUGUGUUGCCUGGCCUGCUGUGUUCCUCCAGCUCCACACUUUGUUACUACCCUAAGAACUGCCUCUUACAGUGCAAACUGACAAUUUAUGUAAUUGAGACUGCCCUUGUCGGCUAUAAUUUCUGGAUCGGCUACUACUGCCCAGCCUGUAGAUGUCUCCACAGACAACAUCUCUCUCUAUCUGUUUAUGUCUCUGUCUCAUGGUUAAAUUUAAUUCAUAUGAGAGAUGCUUAAGAUAUGCCUGGAUAGGAUUGCUUCAAAAAUAAACAAGUUUAGGAAAAGUCUGUUCUGUCAUGACCAACUAAGUAUAAGUAGCAACUAAACCUAGGACUUCAGUUACAUCUUUUAACAACUUAAAACUAGCAGACUACUUGGUAAAGGUUGAAGUUUUUAAAAAUGUUCUUGGUAAAAUGCUUGAAAUUGAGUUUGGCUUUUUUCCAGAAGAGGGUACAUCACAAUCAAGAUUAUUCAGAUAUCGUUAUGCUUGCAAUAACAUGUUGCCCUUUAAACUUUGUCAAAUAAGGAUUCAGACAAUAAAAGAUAUUGGGUUUAUCUCAGCCGUGUUAAUUUAUGCAAAGAAAUCUCAAUAUUCACCAAUUUGUGAGUCAGAGGAUAUCUUAUUUCCUGACCGUAUAUAUCUUAUCCGGAAAAUCUGUUGGAGAAAUAUUUGGAAUGACUUCCAUGGAAGCUAAUAAUGCUGACAACAUGUUGGCUCUCGGUAGUCUAUCCUCUCUCGAUGCAAAAAACAGGAAAUAUUCCCCCAUUAUACUGGAAGAGGAAGAAAGGAAAACAUUAAAUGUGAAGAAGAUUGCAGUGAAAAAGCUGAAGAAGUGCUGUUCUUGCACCCCAACAAAGGCGAAAGACUUUUUUGUUGAUCUCUUUCCUGUUAUACGAUGGUUUCCAAAAUAUAAAUGGAAAGAAUGGAUUUUGGGUGAUAUUAUGUCUGGACUGAUUGUGGGCAUCCUACUUGUCCCUCAGUCAAUAGCCUAUUCGUUGCUUGCAGGGCAGGAACCAAUAUAUGGGCUUUACACCUCAUUCUUUGCUUGCAUCAUUUACUUCCUGAUGGGAACGUCAAAGCAUAUUUCAGUUGGUAUCUUUGGUGUGCUUUGCUUAAUGAUUGGCCAGGUUGUGGAUCGAGAAGUUCAAUAUUUUGGGUAUGACCUCUAUGAUGUUAAUAAAACUGCCCAAUCAGAAAUGUUCAACCAGUCCACAGAUUUUUGCGACAGAAGUUGUCUUGCCAUUCGUGUUGGCUCAACUUUGACAUUUAUGGCUGGAGUCUAUCAGAUUGCCAUGGGCAUCUUCCAAGUGGGCUUUAUAUCAGUGUACUUGUCUGAUUCCUUACUUAGCGGAUUUGCCACUGGAGCAUCAUUCACUAUACUUACGUCACAAGUUAAAUACCUUCUUGGGAUCAGCAUUCCACGUGCUCAUGGUCCUGGUUCACUUGUGCAAACCUGGGUGUACAUCUUUAAAAAUAUCCAGAGAACUAAUGUCUGUGAUGUCAUAACCAGUGCAUUGUGCCUUCUUGUUCUAGUGCCUUUAAAAGAAAUAAAUGAAUGCUAUAAAUCCAAGUUAAAAGCACCAAUUCCAGGUGAGCUUUUGGUUGUAGUUGUUGCUACCUUGGUCUCUCAUUAUGGGCAUUUGAAUGAGAAGUUUAAUUCAACUAUUGCUGGAAACAUUCCCACUGGAUUCAUGGCUCCCACCCCUCCAGACUGGAGCUUGAUACCUCGAAUAGCUGCAGACGCCCUUCCAAUUGCUAUCAUUGGGUUUGCAAUUACUGUUUCUCUUUCAGAAAUGUUUGCCAAGAAGCAUGGGUAUACAGUUAGAGCCAAUCAAGAAAUGUUUGCGAUUGGUACCUGUAACAUUAUUCCAGCAUUUUUUCAUUCCUUCACAACCAGUGCUGCCCUUGCAAAAACUCUUGUGAAAGAAUCUACAGGUUGCAAGACACAGUUGUCAAGUAUAGUGACCGCAUUAGUGCUUCUCCUUGUGCUACUUGUGAUUGCACCUCUUUUCUACUCACUUCAGAAAUGUGUCUUGGGUGUCAUAACUAUUGUAAAUCUGCGGGGGGCUUUAAGAAAAUUCAUUGACUUACCCAGAAUGUGGAAGGUGAACAAGGUGGACACUGUCAUAUGGUUUGUCACAAUGCUAUCAUCAGCCUUAAUCAGCACAGAAUUAGGACUAUUGAUUGGGGUUAGCUUUUCUGUGAUCUGUGUCAUUGUGCGAACACAAGUACCAAGAGCCACUACGCUUGGCCACCUUGAAGGGACAGAAAUUUAUGAAGACUUAGGACGAUAUAAAAAUCUUCAAAAUUUGACUGGUAUCAAAAUAUUUAGAUUUGAGGCUCCGUUGUACUAUGCAAACAAAGAAUUCUUCAAGACAUCCCUGUACAAACACACAGUUGACCCCACUCUAAUAAUUGUAGCAAAGAAAAAAGCAGAAAGGCAAAUAAGUCGGGAAAUGGAACAAAAAGUGACAGGAAAUUCUGGUAUUUCUAACAAGAAUGAUGUCACAGUACAGCUUUCCAAGCAAGAGUUUGAAUUCCAUACAAUUAUCAUUGAUUGCUCAGUUAUUCAAUUCUUGGAUACUGCAGGUGUAGCUACGGUAAAGGAAGUCUUUAAAGAUUAUAAACAGAUUGGAAUCCCAAUUCUUCUAUCAAACUGUAAUGCCUCUGUUAUUGAUAGCCUUCGCAAAGGAGGCUAUUUCGAAAGUUGUAACAUCCACAGAUUGGUAUUUUACAGUGUUCAUGAUGCUGUGAUGUUUGCUUCAAAUGUACACCAAAAGAAUGGUGACUGGGAAGCAAACACCUUCUGUUAAUGUUUAACUGUGACCAAAUACAAGAAAACUGCUCUGAUUUGUUAGCUUGAGAAACUUGAACAUGUUGUUCCAAAGCACACUGAAAUAAUUUCUUCAUUUUAACUUGACUAAAUUUCAGAUGAAAUUAAGUAUAAUUGUUUUUUUCUGAAACAUGUUUGUGUAUUUCUAAUCAUGUUGUUUAUUAUGAGAUGGGAUUAGGAUCUGUAAAGUUUUUAAGCAAUGAUAUUUGACAGAUCUUUUAAAAUUAACUAAUUUGGGUUUUUUUUUUAAAUGAGAGAGAGUCUCCUGCUUCUUAAAUGUGUAAUGCUGAGGAAGUUAAUUUUUCAAUGGGGUGUUAUAUAUUUGAAAAUAAAUUUGGAGGCUGAGUUUUGAAAUGAAUAUUGCAAAAAAAGUAUGUGAAAAUAAUUCUUCUUGCAGUAAUUAAUAGAGCUACCUUUUUCAGCUGGUUAAACAGUGGAAUACUAAUUUAAAAUGUAUUUUGCUUUAUAACACAAUAUGCUUUUGCUUUCAUCAUACCUGAAGUGUUUUACUCAAAAAAGCCAGAUUUAUCUGGUUUCAGUUUUACAUUGUUUAUGGGGGUAAAUCAAUUUUAUUUUUUUAAAAUAAAGGAGGCUUGUGCAGUAACAAAUGUAAUAUCACUACCUACCAUGCAUUAAACUAGGAAAUAGGGUCAAGCACCCUAAGACAAAGAAAUAUGUUUCUGUGCUGGCAUAGGUCAAAAACAGCAGCUAUUCUGAAGAUGAAUAACUUUUUUUGAAAAUAUAUUAAUUUAUAAAUAAUCGCACGCUUUUCCUCCAUGUUUCUUCCUGUCUGUUCUCUUCAUUUUCCUCUCACCUAAAAAGAGAGAUGUUGAAUCUUGAUGAAAUAUAUUUAUGUCACCCUCACAGACAGUUUUCUUUUGAUAUUAACUAUGGAACUGAGCAAAACUGAGCCUAAUCAUGCCCUAAUUAUUGGUUGCACAGACAUUCUGCCAUAAAGGAAUCACGUGAAGGAAGCCUUAACUGAUUUUGAUGUUAGUUUCCCUCCCUACCUAGGAAUAAUAAGGCCAAAUGAUUUGUAUUAGCAGAGAUCCCAUACCUUGGCACAACUGACCAGAAAUCAAACGCUACACUUUGAGCUGAAUGGUGCUUCAGCAACUUAAAGUCAUCUUUUGUGAUUUCAUCAAUGGAAUGACUGCACCACUCAUGUAUUCUGUGUUAUAGAAAUAGACAAAUCAAGAAGGACAUGCAUUGUUUAGUUUUGGAAAUCCAUUGGUGAGCUUUGUGUAAAUUAAAGUUCACAUUUUUAUGUUAAGAACAGAAGCAAAUUUAUUCCAUCGAGACCAAAGCACUACCAAAAUACCUAUGGUAAGUUUAAUGCCUUUACACUCUCAUCUAGCUCUCUAGGUUAACGAAGGGAUAGUUUUUCAAUAACAUCAGGAGCAAUGCUUUAUUAUGUGCACACAUGCAUUUUGCUUCUCAUGAUAUUAUUUUAAUUGUUUCCCUCUCAUUUAUUUUGCAUCUUGAAUUAAAACUCCACUUAAUUUUUGUACUUUUAAAAUAAUGUAUACAAAUCCACUAACAAUAGGAAAUUAUAGCUUGAUUUACAACUGUAGUCAUCCUUUUGCAAUAUGCCUUGAACAGUAAUGUUGCACCAAUGGGUAGGCUUUAAGAAGGGAUAUUGAGCUACUCACUAAGUCCAUAAACCUUUAUUUUUAUUGAAAAUAAAGUGCCAGGAAAUCAAGCUGGUCAAACAGCAUAAAAAUGUAUCCAACAUACAAUAAUAGAGUCUAUGCUGGGUACCAGCAUUAAAACCCAUUGACAGAUGUUGAUCCAAACAUCUGAAAUAUGGACAUUCACCAAGAAUACAAAAUCUUAAUGGCGUUGCAGUAAUUAGUAUUAGAAGCCGUAAUUUUUUUUUUUGUUGGAAACUACGAUUUCACUUGAAGUAAUCAAUUAUAUCUUUAACUCAAGGCAAUGGGAAAUGUUGAUACUAUCUACAAGAUCAAGACAGUUACUUUCACUUUUUAAAAAAAAAAUCAAACUUGUAUUUCAUUUGAAUCAUAUGUGUUGUUCAACAAAACGUCUUUCUUCAAAAUCCUAGAUGAGUCAAUGUUUGGAUUUUAAAAUAAUUAAAAAAUAUUAUUCCUGUAUGUCAAAGUAAAACAUUGACAAAAUGAGGGUAUUAACUGUUUCAUUAUAGUCUAUGCAUUCUGACUGUUAAAAACUACUUCACCAUUUUCCAUAACUUUAUCAUUUAACUGGAGGGCAGAAAAGAAUUUUUUUCCCCUGCUUUGCAGUGUAAUUUUCAUUUUGUCUUAUCUAUUGUGCUUCUUAUACAGAAGUAACCUGUGAUGACAAUGAACUUUUAAUUAUAUGGCAUGAUACAUUUAAAGCAUGAGAAUUUUCUCCUAUGAUUAGUCUCUAUACAUUUCCCACCUAAAGUAAUCAUGAACAUUUUAAUCACGAUUAGUUUUCACUCUUGGUGAACAAAUUCUUCUUGCAAGCUGUUCAUUUCCAAGUGUGAUAUCCUGUGUGUAAACUUCUGCUCCCAAACAAAGUUUCCUCAUCUCCUCCUGGUUUGAUUUUGUUAUUUUUAAGAAAGACUUGAGAGAAUCAGGUUUUUGGAUAUCUUUACAGAUGAUCAGAAGUGGCCAUUUCAUGGCAGAAAAGAUUUCUCAGUUGAUUCUCGCCUUUUUUUGGAUUUUUCUGUCAUUACAUGACGUUUUUCACCAUCCUAAAGUUAUGUAUAUUCUCACCAUAAUAAGUCAAGGCCUCCAUUUUUACUGUGAAUAUUUAGACAAAAAGGUAUGACCUAAUACUUGAGGAGAAAUGAUGAAAGCAGCUCAUCUUUGCUCCUAUGAAGAGAUUAUGUAGCAAUCGGAUUUUUAAAACCCAAGUAGGCCCAUCACAAAAGUAUGAUUGUGGAGUAAGCAGCAAAAUGAAACACUUGAAUACUAUAUUGCCAAAUGUGCUAUGCUUUAAUUAAAUGACAUCAGACCAUAGGUAGUACUCUCUCACCUGGGACCUGAAGAUCCAUGGUUCAAGUUCCAAAGAGAGUGCUUGCUGCAGUGGCACCAUAUGUGGCCAAUAGGAGCCAGGAAGGGCUGUUUAGGUGCUCAACAGUUUAGUGCAAUAGAUCCAGAUAACACUAGGUAAGCAUCUAGGACAAGAUAAACUCUGUGCAAGCAAGACAGAAUAUGGGAAAGAACCUAGAGGAAGACAUGAUGCUGCCUUCUGAACCAAAAAAUGUUACUCUAGACUGUGGAAACAAACAGUGGAAAACACUAUUUAUCAAUUACUCUGGGGCAUCAUAACUGAUUCAUUUGAGUAAAUAUGUAAAACGCAGCAAAGUAAUUAAAUCAAGUGCUCCUUUUCCUCAUUUACAUUUUCGUCAUCAACCAAUUUUUACUGAAUUAAAAGUUGGCGACUUAUGAUGUAGUGGCUACUUUAGUCCCUUGAAUGGAGAAAAAUGUCCCAGAGUGCUUCACAGGCAGACAAGCAAACAACAAAAUACAAGCCAAAAGGAGAGGUUAGAACAGUGAAAGCUUAUUCCUUAAAACCUAAUUAUUUGAGCAAGAGGAGGAGAAAGGCUUGGAGGUGUUUAGGGAGGGAAAUGCAAUGGUAAUGACCUAGACAGCUGAAAACAUGGCCUAUAAUUUUUUGGAAAAGGAAGUUUUACAAUGCAGUAAACACUGAGUGCAGUGGCCUUGGAAAAUGAUAAAGUAUUGUCUGUCCAUUUUAAUUUGGAUCUGUAGAACAUUGGUAAACAGUAAUAUUCCAAUAAUGCAAUAUUUUCAUUUUGUCUAAUGCCUCGUAGCAAAUGUUUUGUUUGCUUUUUACCUCAUUAAUGAAGAAGAUAAUGCCAAAUUAUAUUACUGGGCUUCUGGUAUUGUAAUUUACCAUUAAGUUCAACAUUUACAAUUCUCUUUCCAUGUCACCAUGGAUAAAAGUUACAAUUUUCUGUGCAGCACUAAAGUGUUAAUAUUAUAAUGCACUCUAUUGCAAUGAAAAAUAUUUAAGACUACACUUGAUUUAGGCUAUUUAUCUUUUCAUCAACUUUUAAGCAUAAAUUCAAAAUUGUUUCUCCAAAUUUUCUAAGGAUUACAUAAUUGAAAUGUUUGAAAGGAACUUUCAAAUGUGCCUUUUUACUGUCUGAAAUAUUUCAUUUUUCUUAAUGCCAUAAUGCACACCAAAAUUAGCCACAAACUAUAUUCUAUAAUUAUAGAUAAUUAUUGAAUGUAGUUUAUGGCUAAUUUUGAUAAUUAAUGGAAUAUAUUUCCUGAAUGGAUUACUGAACAAUUAAAAUCUGAAAUUUUUGGUCCAUUGUUCUAAGUGUUUAAGUUUAUAAAUUCAGUCUUUGUAGCAACUGAUAGUAAAAUACAGAUCUGCAUUAAACAAAAACUUCCUUAUGUUAUUAUGUUAAUUCAUCUUAUCCAUUUGAAUGCCUGUUUCUGUCUUUACUCUAACAAGCUAUAUUUAGCAUUAAUCGUCUUGGUUUUGUUUUUAGUACACCUGUGAUUUUGCCUUUUGGGUAGUUCACCUUGAUAAUGCAUGGUAUGGCACAAGUUAUUGUUUACUUUUGGUUACAUUACUCCCUGCUAUUUCCCUCCCAUUGUCAGCUACAAAGUAGUACUCAUAUAACACUAGUCAGUUGCUUUUCUUUUGUAUUGAUGUAAUUUGACAUUUAACAAAAUUAAUGCUGACCUGCUAUAAAAUAAUCCGUAAAUUAAAAGUUUUGGAUUUUGUUUUUAAAAAGUAUUGAAUUUAAAAUGUCCUUGUGGAAAGUGGAACACGGUGCAGUCUCAAGUUCAGACUCCUGUUUUUAUGUCAAAUUAUAACAUUGUAUAUAGAACAGACCCUGAAUUAUUAUGGUUUCAAUACAAACUGAAUGCAUUUGCUUGGAAACAUAUUUUAACUUUUUAAUACAUUAAGUACACAGGAAAUGAAACGUUAUGGCUUAUUUGGAACACAGCACUACAUCAGUGUGUAUGUUUAAAAGAAACAAAUAUUCAGUUAAAACUUAAACAUUUUCUUUGUACUUUUAUAAGCACCAGGCUGUGCCUUUUUUUUUUGCAAACCAUGGUUUGUCCAAGUACAAAGUUCUAGUUGCCUCAUAUCCUGUCUAAAAAUCCUGAAAAAUCUCUGUCCGAUAAUAUAUUGAACUUUAGCAUUAAGCACAAUAAAUGUUUACAAUUUGGUUUUAAAUCUGCCAGUAAAUUUCUACUGGCAUUGUUCAAAGGCACAGAGAAAAUGACUGAACACUCUUAUUGUCUAUUUAUUGUUUUGUAUUACAAACUGAAUUAAUGCUAACAUUAUGACUGUUCACAAGGGGUGUGACUCCCCCCGCCCAUCGUUUCCAGUGGUGGGUUUGCAGGCAUUAUCACCUCUGAGUGAUCUUGUCACAAGGCAGGCGAUGACAAGCAAUGGCUAUGAACCCAGCAGAGGUAGGUAGCCAGUUUGAAAUUUAAACUUCACAUAUGUGAGUUGAUUGAGGUUGUCACCAGGAACUUCUACAGGCAACUUGCAGCUGGCCUGAUUGCCCUGUAAAACCUCCUGUUGUGACUUCUAACCCACCCCUCCUGGCACAGGAUCUGAAGUUAUCACCUGGCCAUAAUUGCCGCCAUAUAUGGAACAGUUUCCUCUCGAAAGGGGUGUCCUAAUAGCGCAGCUCUCUGUUUAGUUCAUUCAAUUGAAUACCUCUUCCAAAGGUGAGGGGGCCCUUCCAAACCCAUUAUGCAGUGGCUACCUCUGACCAUGACAGAUUUCCAUCCUCCCAAAGCUGCUGGUCCUCUGAUUGGGCAACUAGGAAUUGGGAAUCUUGUCCAUCAUCCUAAACUGGACCCAAACUCCACCAAUUGACCUAGAUAUGGCUCAUUAAUCUCCUAGGCAGUCAAGGCUUGAAAUGUUACCAACCUUGAUUCUUGUACAGGGCACAAGGUUUGUCCAAUGUUGGAAUCAUCUAGUCUGAAGGAAAAGGAACUUUGCAUUGCAUUCAGUCAGUCAGAAUACUUUGCAAAUAAGACUUUGGUAAGACAAAUUUUGACAACACACUUUCACUGUUGUGUAAAGAAUAUCUGACAGCAUUGUUCAUUAUUUGUAAGUGAAUCUGUUUUAUUGCUACAUUGAUUAAUAUUCCAUUCCAUAUGGUUGACCUGAAUUAAAUUUUUACAAAGCA